AGAAAUCUCUCAAAACGAGAGAUAAACUGUCGGGUUGUUUUUUAACUCGCUUACUCCACCAUUUCAUAAGCAACGCUCGUCGAGACAGACAGACAACGUAGUCGAAAAACUUUUCGAAAACAUCCGCAUAUUUCUGGGUGUAAUUCAAAUCUUACAAAAGGAUACCAGCGGCACAAGAGUUAAUUCGGAAAUGGCAGGACGACCAGAACUACAAAAUGGCUUUUUGGGAGCCCAGCCGAAAUUCGCAGAAUUUGGGCUCAGUACUGAGAGCCAUCAAGAACCGGAAAUUCACUCCAGCACCAACCAGUUGGAGGUCAAAAUCCGUACCAGUAAGCCGUCCAAGGUCACCGCCAACUUGACCCACUGUGCGAAAAACGAGGAACUACCCCAGCACGUGUUCACGCAGACAAAAGAUAACGUAGUCUCUUUCCUCGUGUCCCUGCCGGAUGUCGGCUACUACAAACUCCAAAUAUUUGCCCUGCUCCUACCAGACGACAGCAAGACGCUUCCUGGGGUUUUCAACUAUCUGAUCAACUGCACCAACGUAACCAGCGCCGUGUCCACCUACCCUAAGCAAUUUGCCCAAUGGAAGGAAGGGUGCUACAUCGUAGAGCCAGCCAGCUUGAGCGGUCUGGCAAAUCUCUCCAACGUCAGGUUUGAGGCGUACAUCCCCGGGGCCAAGUCGGCUGCAAUUGUCGCUGAUGGGAAUUGGUCGCAUCUUCAGAAGAAUUCGGCGGCCCUUUGGGAAGGGAGAGUCGACCUUGAUGCCUACAAGGGCAAAGAUGUCAAGGUCACCCUGAAUGCAAACUACGGCGAGGAUAACAAGUUUGCGAGCCUGCUUGAAUACCGAUUAUAAGCCCAUUGUGUCUACCAGGACAUAAAAAGGGUAUUUAAGCUCUAGUGUUUGUUUAAGAAAAAAAUGUUCCUAGUAUUAUAUACUAGUAUGUAUUUUUAGUGUCUAUGUGUAUUGCUCAUAGUUUAAAAUAAUCUGUAUCGUUUUGUAGCGUCUUAAAUGAUUGUGCCUUAUAUGUAUAUGUCUGUACCACCAUACGCACGAUUCAUUGUAAUAUUUGGUCGUCGCCUUACACCAUGCAUAUGAUUAGGGGUCGUCGCCUUAUGCCAUGCAUAUGAUAAGUCGUCGUCGCCUUAAACCUUGCAUAUGAUAAGUGGUCGUCGCCUUACACCAUGCAUAUGAUAAGUGGUCGUCGCCUUACACCAUGCAUAUGAUAAGUCGUCGUCGCCUUACACCAUACAUAUGAUAAGGGGUCGUCACCUUACACCAUGCAUAUGAUAAGUCGUCGUCGCCUUUAACCAUGCAUAUGAUAAGUGGUCAUCGCCUUACACCAUGCAUAUGAUAAGUGGCCGUCGCCUUACACCAUGCAUAUGAUAAGUCGUCGUCGCCUUACACCAUGCAUAUGAUAAGGUGUCGUCACCUUACACCAUGCAUAUGAUAAGAUGUUGUCGACUUACGCCAUGCAUAUGAUAAGGUGUCGUCGCCUUACACCAUGCAUAUGAUAAGAUGUUGUCGCCUUACACCAUGCAUAUGAUGAGGUGUCGUCGCCUUACACCAUGCAUGUGAUAUGUGGCCGUCGCCUUACACCAUGCAUAUGAUAAGUGGCCGUCGCCUUACACCAUGCAUAUGAUACUGUGUUAUGUGUGGUCGUCGCCUUACACGUAUCUGCCUCUACCGUCAUGCAUAUGAUACAGUGUAUAAUGAUGUUGUCGCCGCUGGUCAAUUCUCUUUGUGUUGUCCAGUUUAUUGUGAAACAUCUGACCAUGCAUCUGUUCCGUGUUGUUUUUGUAAAGUCUGAUGAAUGUUAAAAACAUACUGAUUAUAUGUAUACUAUUAAUUGAUCUACGACUUUCUAAUGUAAGAAACGAACCUUAUAAGGAAUCAGUAUUAAAUUUAAUUGCUCAAUUGAACGGUUCUGGAUCACGCUGACAUUAUGGAAGUAUUUGCUAGUGCUGUACAUGGCCAGACAAACAUAUAUGAAUUACCACAGCAUUCGUCAGGUGCGGUCUCAAGUCAUGUUGCUACUUUUAUAUAUUUUAAUAUUUGCUUAAAAUAUUACUACUGAAAUAGUU